GUGAAGAGAACCACCACGUGAUAAGUUAGCGACGCAGGCCACCAGCGUUUUUCAUUUUUACAAUAUAAUAACCAACUACAGUAAGAAGGAAACAAGUAAUAUUUCCCCAGAAUAAUUUAUAGAAUAUAUCUCGAUAAUUUUUUUUGCAAGUUUACAGUCUGCGAGUUGUUAUGUGGUCUGGUGCGUUAGACAAAGGCUAAGACCUCACUGACAAACAAGUACUUUUAAUGAAUGUUCAUACGUCCACAUCUAGAAAAAGUAGUUUGAACAUUCACCCGACGUCGGUUAAAAUACCACGGGUUGUCCGCUAAUUCAAUUUCAGGGAGAUAAGUCAUCAUUUGGAAGCUGCAAAUACCGCACCCAUAGAGAACUCCAACUCCCAUCAGCCACCGCGAGGCAUCUACAAUAGUAGUCUGCUACCUGUAUAUAUAUCUAUACAUACUGACUGGCGGCGGUUGCAUUUAAGUAAAGUCGGUGCAAUGUCGUGGAAACUAUGAAAAUAUUAACAAACCCUCAAGAUGACUUUAGGUUCACACGCCAAUAGAUAGGUACUUUUACCAGUGAGCGUGUGGACUUGCUGACAGGGGAAAUCUCACUUCCUCUCUGUUGCGGGACAAGACUCCUCUGCAAGAGUGUAACCAAAACUCAGCUGAGAUCAUGAGAGCGCGUUAGUCACACGCAGGAGUCCAACUGCCCUGGUCCUGUGUUGGACAGAGACUCGUGAUGACUGGAGUCAGGACGCAGGUUUGGACCAUUGUGUCUGCUACCUGCACCAUAACCCUGUGCUUCGCUUGUUUCCACGUGACUGCUCUCAAAUCAAAACUUUUCACCAGACUGGGUGGCCUGCAUUACUCCACUGAGCCCCCCGUCAGCUAUAAAACACUUUACUUUGACCAGAAGAUUGAUCAUUUUGGAUUCUUGGAGGAUGGCACCUUCAAACAGCGAUACCUUGUGGCCGACCAGCACUGGCACCAGCCCGAUGGGCCUAUCUUGUUCUACACUGGGAAUGAAGGCGACAUCACCUGGUUCUGCAACAACACUGGCUUCAUGUGGGAAGUUGCAGAGGAGUUGGGCGCCAUGCUGGUUUUUGCAGAACAUCGUUACUAUGGAGAGUCGCUGCCAUUUGGACAGGACUCUUACAGUGACAGCAAACACCUGAACUACCUGACCUCCGAGCAGGCUCUUGCAGAUUUUGCAGUACUGAUUCAAAACCUGAAGAGCACAGUACCCUGGGCUGUGCACAGCCCUGUCAUCGCUGUCGGGGGCUCAUAUGGAGGGAUGCUUUCUGCCUGGUUGAGGAUUAAAUAUCCCAACGUUGUUCUUGGAGCGUUGGCAUCUUCUGCACCGAUAUGGCAGUUCCCUGGUAUGGUGCCAUGUGGGGACUUCUACAAAAUAGUAACACAAGACUUUGCCAGAAGUGGCUCUAACUGUGAUGCAAACAUAAGAAGGUCAUGGAAGGCUAUUAAUAACGUUUCUUCCUCUGCGUCUGGUCUUCAGUGGCUGUCACAAGAGUUCAGCUUAUGCACCCCUCUCAAGACUGGGCUCGGUGUCAUUGCCUUCAAGAACUGGCUUCAAGAGACUUGGGUGAAUCUGGCCAUGGUGGACUACCCGUACGAAGCUAAUUUCCUCCAACCGCUGCCUCGCUGGCCCAUCCAGGUGGUGUGCAAGUAUCUGGGUUUCGAUUCCUCCGUGUCUGACUACCAGCUGCUGCGAGGUGUUUCCCAAGCAGCCAAGGUCUACUACAACUACACCGGAAGCUCGGCCUGUCUCAACACCUCUCAGACGGCGACCGGCAGCCUCGGUGCACUCGGAUGGACUUACCAGGCCUGCACAGAGAUGGUGAUGCCCAUGUGCACAGAUGGCGUGCAGGACAUGUUUGAACCCGAGGAGUGGAACUUCCAGGUCUUCUCUGACGAGUGCAAUGCCAUGUUCGGUGUCAGGCCACGGGCCGACUGGGCCGGCACGGUCUACGGGGGAAAGGAGAUUCGGUCUCAUAGCAACAUCAUCUUCAGCAACGGAGGACUUGACCCCUGGUCUGCUGGUGGAGUGACUUACAACAUGUCGGACAAGCUGGUGUCCAUUUGGAUUCCUGAUGGAGCGCAUCACUUGGACCUUCGCUACAGCAAUGACCUCGACCCGCCUGCGGUCCGUGCAGCUCGGGCGUUGGAGGUGAAGUAUUUUCAGGACUGGAUCAAUAAAGCUAAAAAGAAAACUGGAACUCGUCGACUGUCUCCGAAAAAAAACAAACUUCGGCCUCACUAGGAUCCUCGGGAUAUCCGGGGUUAAGCUUUAAUUUUUAAUCACGAUAAUUGACAUGGUGCUCUCUGUCAUAACACCAAAGUUUGUCACUUUUGCAAUCAGUUUCUGUCUUUUUUGGCUUGUUGUGUUUGGUGUGGAAGUAUUAAAAUACUUGAUUUACCUGUUUAUUCACUCUUUAGGCCAAACUGUACAUUUUCAAGGGCUUAAAGACUUUAAAGUCCCCAUAUUAUCAGUAAGUAAUGGUUACGUUUGACUUAUAAACUGAUAAUAAUGCUGCAGUGGAAAAACAUUUGUCAUCAUGAAAAAAUGGAUGAUUCUUAGUUCUCUUUUUCUUUUUUUUUUCAAUGAUGUAACAUUUUCCAAAGCCUAUUAAGGCCGCCAAGUUUCUAUUUCAGUGUUUUAAACGAUCCAGUAUGUGCUGUUUUCUCAUGAAUUCACAUCCUCUGCUUAAUUGAGUGUUUCAUUGUCAUUCUUGUUGGUUUUGUCAGGCAUAUCUGCUUUUUCUUCCAGAAUAAGGGAACAUUACAAAACUCAGGAGAAAUGUUUGGCCUCACAUGUGAAGUAAAUUCACUAUUUUGGAGAUUUUGACAGCAUUUAGUUUUUUAGUUUAGUGUUAAAAUGAUAUUGAUUGUUCAUAGAUCAGUUCCUUCUCUGCUGUUUCUAAGAUUUUUAUUUUUCUUGCACAGAAAUAUCUUACACUUUCUCUUUUGGUCAUGUCUGUAUGAACCUUUGUUUGGUUGAGGAGUGUAAUUUUUCCUGAACAAAAUGAGGCUAUAAAGUUCAAUUUUCCCUCGGUAGGAACAAUUGUACACGCUUUGAGAUUUAAUAAAAACCCAAUCGGAGGAGGCCAAUAAAGUGAGUGGUGGGAGGUUAUUGCGGCUGUGCCCGCUGACCUUAGCCCUGUGAACCAGCCUGUGGGAUUCCCUCUAGCAAGCGUUAAUUCACUGGCUGCCUUUAAAGCUUUAAAUUGUGGCACCGAGGCAGCCCGUGGACUUUGGUUGUUGCCCCCUGCAAGUAAUAUUAUUAAUACAACUCCUGCAGUGCUGAAGAGGUUGAGAACGGGUGAUGGGAGGUUAAGAGCGAGGCGGUGAGAUGAUGCAGGAGUUGUCAGAGCCAAGAGUUCUUUUGUACAUCAGAGCAAAGUCACUUCUUUUUUCUUUUUAUUUGCUCUUUUAAUAAUGUCAUGUAAGUCAAAAGCAUUUUAAAUACAAGCGAAAACACGUCUCCUUACAUUAUCAUUUUCAUUGCAAGUGGCUACACCUUUUUUCUUCUUCUUCUUCUUUUUAAAUCUAAAGUGUCAGACCUGACAUGACCUUAAGAAGCAGCUGUGAAACACAUCCUGCUCUGGUAUGUGGGUUCAUUUUCUUUAAGGAAACACAAAGCGUGACUUUUCAACAUUUUGUCACAAGCUUGACUGAAUUUCUCCCCAGUGGCAAGUAACACAACUAAACAUGGGGGAGGACGAGGCCUCCGCCACUAAAUGCCCUCCUUAAAUGUUUCUCAGGACUUUGAGAGGUCAUUCUUUUUCCUGGCCUUUUUUUUUCUUUUUCUUAGCUCCCUGACAAUCGUCAUCAAUCAGAGAUGUUAUUAGUAUUCACUUAACUCUUGAGCAUGUCCCUACACAGACAGGGACCACACACUAUUAGGAAGAGAUUAAGCCUGUGCGUGUCACAACGCGUUGUUCUGACACCCCUUCCUCCCUGCCGUGGGCUCGGGUGCAGCGCAAUAAGUAAAAUGUUUUAGAAAACAGUAUCUCAACAAUGUGGAACGAAUGACUACAAGUGAUGUAUCUGUCCUCAUCUUGUUGAGUUUGGAUGUUUUUUUUUGAGAAUGCAAUCCAGGUUUUAUUGUUGUGCAAUAAAGGCAAACCUAAUAUUGGGAUUUAA